ACAACCCCAGAGUCGGUCACGACUGGACCUAAUGGUCAGGGGUCCCUUUACCUUAAGCUUAGGGCUUAUAAUCUUCAAAUGGAGAAGUACUUAGCCCUUAGCCCACAUGACCUUAGAAGCUGGAUUUUUGAUCAGGAUGCCAACGUAAGACAGAGCAUCCAUCAUUGCCGCCCAUUACUCUACUUGGUACCCCCAAAUCAAGACCCAUCACUCAAGGCCCCAUUACCUUGAGACUCUGACCUUCCCACAACUACGCAGGACCUUUGCACAACUAAGAUUCUAGCAGAUGCCCUCGUCAUAUUUAGAGGGGAGAUUUCAGGGAAUUCCCCGUAUGGAUCGCAAAUGUAUAUCUGGAUGCAAUCAGGUAGAGGACAUUGCACACUAUCUGCUGAUUUGCCCCUUGUAUACAAUGGCCAGAGCAAAAUUUAUGUCACCAAUUCUUAACUGGCUUCCGGGUUGGUCCUCACAGGAAAUGACAGUUGAACUCCUAGCAGAUAAACAUCUAUAUAUUACACACCAAGGAACCAAAUUUGCACUGGCAGCCAAGAAGCAGCGUUCCAGCUAUGUGAAUGCACUCCAGUCUUAAGUCUCAAUGUUGUAAAUUUCUUUUCAUGUUGUAAACUGCUACAGGUUACAUGUAUGAUCUUAGAGGAAAGUUCUCCUUUUAUUCUCUCUUGUCCGUUGUAAAGGCUUUUGGCUAUAUACAAUAAAACUGACCACCUGCUUUGUGUGCAGAAGGCCUAAGAUUCAGUCCUUGGCAUCACCAGGAAGGAUAAGGAAUAUCAUUUGUUGGACUCUGAGCAGCGGCUGCCAGUCAGUGUAGGUAAUAAAGCUCUAGUUGGACCAAUGGUUCAGUGGUAGAACAUCUGCUUUGCACACAGAAGUUCCCAGGUCCAAUCCCCAGCAACUCUCAGGUUGAAAAGAUCUCAAGUUUAGCAGUCCUUGGAAAACCAACUCCCAGGAGAUGUAACCAACGGUAUGAACAAUUUUCUCUGCAGUUGUGGGUGGCCCCAUAUAGCAGGCAUGGGGAACCUCCAGCCCAUGGGGUAACUUAAGCCCAAAAGGAGUCCCAUUUUGGUCUGCAGAGCUGUUACCCACCAGCACCCGACACACAGUGCCCCAAAAGUUUAAAACAAGAACAUUAUUCUGUGGGAAAGCUGAUAGCUAAGCGGAGUCCCGGAAAAUAAGAUGGCUGGCUUUCAGGUGGCCUUGGUUUAAUCACAGAUCACCUGGGCAACACUUAUAUAAAGGUAAACACGCACAAACCUCCAGGUAUCUUAUCUUGAAUUUUGCUGGGGACCAAGGUGAAAGCGAAGGUAUAAAGAGGCCGAACGCCCUACAGGAAAACCCUUCUUGCGAGGACUUAACAGCCGACAGGAUGAACCUUGCUCGGUUCCUAAUCUUGGCAUCAAUUUAUGUCUCCUUUCUAGUAGCCGCGGACACGGCCUCCAUCCCUAGGAACUUGUUGCAGUUCCAUAACAUGAUCAAAUGCACCAUUCCCAGCAGUGACCCACUGAAGGAUUAUGCAGACUAUGGUUGCUACUGUGGCUUGGGGGGCAGCGGGACACCGGUCGAUGAGCUGGACAAGUGCUGCCAGAUCCACGACCAAUGCUAUGGUGAGGCCAAGAAGCAUUCCGAAUGCAAAUUCCUCAUAGACAACCCUUACACCAAGACCUACGCCUACAGCUGUUCAGGCAGUGAUGUCACCUGCAGCGAUGACAACGAUGAAUGUGCGGCGUUCGUCUGCGAGUGCGACCGUAGUGCGGCCAUCUGCUUUGCAGGGGCUCCAUACCAAGAGCAAUAUAAACAGCUGGACACGAGCAAACACUGCAAGUGAUGUUUGUGCUACAAACCAUCCAAGGCCCUCACUGCCACUUCUCACGCAUGCUGAUCCUUUGACGGACAACUGGAGAGAUUGAGACAAGGUCAAUAAAGCCGUUGUGCGUUUUCUACAUCAAAGGGAUUGCUUCCUGAGUCACGAAUAAAAUAAAAGCAGGCAUCUAAAACUGUGUUUUAUUAUCCCCCGUCCCCUGCUGUAUUUGCAAAUAUUCAGC